GCGGCGGCAGGAGGAGCGUCGGGCCAAUAGGGCUGAGGGGGUGGGGCGGCGCGUAGCUCGAGCGGCGCGGGCGGCAGGCAGGCAGGCAGCCGCCGUGAGGUGCGGUGGAUGGAUGGAGGAGCAGAGCUGCGCUCUCGGAGACCCGACCGUCCGCCAGGGGAAGCUGCUGCUCCAGCGGCGGUGCUGCCCCGAGCCCUCUGACCUGCGCCCGAGGAGCUUCUGCACAGCCGCCUUCCGCCCAUAGGCACCGGCGGCUCUCGCGGGGAGGCGCUGACCUUCCAGGAAGGCACCAAAGUGUCACGGUGAAAACGCCAACGUUAACGUUUUUCCUAAGAGACACUUCGGAAAUGGCUCAGGAAGAGAUGGAAGUUGAUCUCCAACCAGUGGUGAACUACUCCCUGGAGAACCAGGGGAUGCUUCCUGCAGAGCCCACUGCUCACACGGCGCUGUCCUCCCAGGCUCCAGCGCUGAGCAGCAGAGGAGGCAGCACUAUCGUUCUUUCCGACGAUGAUGAAGUCGUUACUUUAUCAACUGCUGAUGCCACAAGGGAAGCAGCUGCUGAUCCUGACCAGCAGGCGAAUCCUCCCUCAACUCUCAUCGGGCUGCUGAGGCUGCAGGGGGCGUCUGACCAGCACCAGCUGCUGCCUGGGCCACAGAUUGUGCAGCGCCCGCGGGUACGAAGGAGCGCUCGCAGGCAGCCGAGAGUCGGUGGUUCCCAGAGGAUAGUCAGUGCCAGGGCAGCGUUGGACAGUUACUUUCAGAUCAGCAGGACACAGGAGCCAGCUACAAUACCAGGUUCACAUCUGGAGCCCUCGCAUACUGUGGGGAGCAGCCAGGAGCACACAUCACAGGUCACAGAAUUGCAGUCGAGUGACUCUGACAGCAGCACUUCUGAGGAGGAAGAGGUGGAGACUGCAGCACCGCUGCCUCCAGCAGCCCAGCAGACGCCUGCAGCAGCUAGCUCAGUUUCCAGUCAGGAUCAAGCAGAGCUGCCUCAAACUCUGCCUCAAGUUUCUGUGGAACAUGGAAAUCGUGAGGAUGAAGACUUUGAAGCCCAGCAAAAGCAGAGAACUCCACUGAAGAAACAGGAAGCACCAGUUCCCGCUGCAGCACUGGAGGAGGAGGAGGGGGACACCUGUGCCAUCUGUUUUGAGCCGUGGACCAAUGCUGGGGACCACCGUCUGUCAGCCCUGCGCUGUGGGCACCUCUUUGGUUACACCUGCAUUGACAGGUGGCUCAAGGGGCAGGCAGGGAAGUGUCCCCAGUGCAAUAAGAAAGCAAAACGUUCUGACAUCGUGGUCCUGUAUGCCCGGACUCUGAAGGCACUGGAUACCAGUGAGCAGGAACGCAUGAAGAGCUCUUUAGAAAAGGAGCAGAAGUUGCGGAGACAGGCAGAGCUGGAAUCUGCACAGAGCCGGCUCCAGCUGCAGGUUCUGACAGAUGAAUGCAGCAAACUCCGUAAGCAAGUUCAGGAGCUGAAGGCUCUGGUGGCUCAGCACAACGUCAGUGCUUCUAAACAACCUGGCAACUCCCGCACCUGCUUCCCAGGCAGCCUCCCCUCCAGCCAGAGCCAGCGCAAGUACCACUUGGAGAAGGUUUUUGUGGUGUCUCAGGCUGGGAACUGCAGAGUGAUGGCAUACUGUGACUCACUGAGCUGUCUCGUGGUAUCGCAGCCUUCUCCACAGUCUACUUUUAUUCCUGGCUGCGGUGUGAAGAUGAUGAGUGUGGCCAACCUGAAGAGCAGUCAGUACAUCCCCAUCCACAGCAAACAGAUCCGGGGGCUGGCUUUUGGCAGUCGUGCAGAUGGCUUGCUGCUGUCUGCUGCUCUGGACAACACACUCAAACUCACCAGCUUGGCAACAAACACUGUGGUACAGACAUACAAUACUGGCCGCCCUGUCUGGAGCUGCUGCUGGUGUCUCGAUGAUACAAAUUACAUCUAUGCUGGGUUGGUCAACGGCUCCAUCAUGAUAUAUGAUCUGAGAGACACCAACUCCCACGUCCAGGAACUAGUCCCUCAGAAGUCCAGGUGUCCCAUGGUAUCACUGUCUUAUCUGCCUCGAAUGGCCUCGGCCUCUUUGCCCUGUGGUGGCAUACUGGCUGGGACCUUGGAAGGAGCCUGUUUCUGGGAACAGAAGGCUGGGAAUUCCUACCGGCCUCAUCACCUGCUGCUGGAGCCAGGGGGGUGUAUUGAUAUUCAGACAGAGAGCACCACACGGCACUGCCUCGCAACGUACAGGCCCAGUAAAAGUAACCCGUGUGUGCGUUGUGUCCUGAUGGAGCUGACCUGCACCCCACUGACAGAGGCCUCUGAAGGUGUGGUGUGCUCUUCCAACCCCGUUCAGACUUUCAGUGCUGGACCCACCUGCAAGCUGCUGACCAAGAAUGCCAUUUUCCAGAGCCCAGAGGAGGAUGGCAGCAUCUUUGUGUGUGCUGGUGAUGAGGCAUCUAAUUCUGCCAUGCUCUGGGAUGCUGGCAGCGGCUCCUUGAUGCAGAAAUUGCAGGCUGACCUGCCUGUGCUGGACAUCUGCCCCAUGGAGGUGAACCAAACCCACCUGCUGGCUACUCUGACAGAGAAGGCAGUGAAGCUCUACAAGUGGCAGUGAGCGUGUUCCCCCUGGUGCUCCCCGUGAGGGCUUCCCAGGUGUGCUGCUGAUGGGCCCUACAGCAACAGCACAGUCCCACAUGCUGCUUGGUGUCCUGCACAUGCUGCUUGCAAGAGGCAGGAGCUCAGCAGCACCUUUCUGGCAGCAGUCAGGAACUGGGACACAGAGGUGCCUGGGGUGCUUCCUGUCAUCCUCCAUCCUCCUUUUUCAGGUCCGUCAUUAUUUCUCCAUUGGUCAAUUUUCUACAGUCAAGCUCAGCAAGCUGCCUCAGCACAGCAAUAAUUCUUGGCCCGUCUCCAGUGUGUGUUGCUGCACUUUUUCCAGUGUGAAUAUAUUAGAGGGAUUUGCAACUCUUCUACAAAUCAACAGAAUAAAAGGAACUUGAAGACCUGCGACUCCCACUGUACUCUCACAUAGAGGCCUGCUGUGAUUACUGGGUGAUGAAAAGAUGGCAAUGCUGGCACCUCACCAGUGUUGCUGAUACUCGGUGUAAAAGCAGGCUCACUAUUUCAGAGAACAUUUCCACAUGUUCUUUUUUUUUGAAGGCAGAGGGCAAAGCCAGUUAGCAGUUCCUGAGGAGGAGAGACCCUGUGUUGCGGCCAUGAAGAGAGCAGGCUUGUAAAAUCUGCAGUUUUUUGUUUUCUCUCCCUGUGAGCAUGUAUUUUCUUUUUUUUUUUUUUUUUGCACUGUAGCUGCCUAACCGUGUCCCCAUCUCCCUCUCUUUUCCUCCUUCACCUGCCACCAACAUCCAGGCAAUCUUGGGCAGUGUGGUUGUGGAAAAUGGAAACUCAUAUAAAGGUUGGGGGUGGGGGGAUACUUGUACUACUGGCUGCUGCAGUCUGUGUGUCCUUCCUUGAAGUACUGAUGCACUGCAACAGCCCGUACAGUGUGGGAGAAUGCUGGCUCUUCUCCUGUGGGGCAUCAGUGGGGCUGCCCAUGGGGAUCAGCCCUGGCUGCUGCAGUUGAUUCUUGGCAUCUGUACCGUGAAUAUGCUGCAGGGUAUGAGAACGCCCAUUUCCAAAUCAAAUCAUGGGACAGGACUUUGGUUUCCUUUUGUUUAUCAAAAGCAAAGCUGUGAGGAUGUUAGAGAAGCCACAGGGCAAGUCCCUAUGUUGGCACUGUGUCCCUGAGCACAGCACUGUGGUAGCAGCAUCUGUCCUGGGCAUGUGGAACCUGCUACCACUCACACUGCCAGAACAGUUUUGUUUUCUGGGAUGUGCAAGAUAGGACCCUGCUUGAGUCUGGUGAGAUCUCUGCUUAACUUUGUAAAUUUAUGUAUAUUAUUUUAUUUUUCUAUGCUGUAAAAAUAAAGUGUUUAUAGUUAUCAAAUACAGUUGGUGCUGCUGUACCUUAGAAGCACCUCAGCAGUAUAUGCUGCUUGUCUUGGUGUGAGCGAGCAGCCCUGUUUGCAGGUAAGCUUUCUCAUGUUUUGCACUGGGGUUCAGACUGAAAUAAUGGCUUUCAGUGGAUGGAGAGCCCUCCAUCCUCCACCCCAAAAAAUAUUCAUAUGCACGCAGGAAGAAAGGAACUAAGAUUUCCCAUCUGAUUUUCCAGGUAGCAAUUAUAUUCUGUUGUCUCUCUUAUUCCUGCCGGAUGGUAUUAACAAAUUAAAUUCUGUUGAAAUAAAUGAAAGGAGAAUAGCAUUUUGAUAU